AUGGCUUCCAAGUCGGAUAAUGCUAUCGUUUCAUCCCAGCCUUCCUCAGAAAUUGAGAGCGAGGUCAAGUCCCGCCAAGUUGAUGAUGCUCUGGAAUUCGCGCUCAAGGGUGGCGACACUGUGUGGGGAGAAACCGAGGAGAAACGAGUGCUUUUUAAGAUCGAUAUGGUCAUUCUGCCAUUACUGUUCUUCUGUGCCAUGAUCGGCUUUGCGGACUCCGGGGCCUUCGGAUUUGCUGCGUUGUUUGGCCUGAUCAAGGACUUGAAGCUGUACACCAUCCAAAUGGUAAACGGUGAAGAGACGCAAAACACCGAUAGGUACUCGUUUGCCGCUGCGAUCUACAACCUUGGCUCUGCUGCUGGCCAAUAUCCCGUCCUCUAUGUCGCUCAGUUCUUCAGCUAUGGCAAAGUCCUGGGCUUGACGAGUAUCUAUGGAGGACUACUUGCUAUGCUGACGCUCGUUUGCCGGGACUUCCGGGACAUCAUGGCCUUGAGAUUCUUUUACGGGUUCGGCUAUGUUACACAGCCCUUGAUCAUCAUCAUCGCGGCCAUGUGGUGGAAGACGAAUGAGCAGCCGCUCCGUCUUGGACUCGCAAUCGGCGGCGCUGGAGUUGGCAGUAUCAUCGGUACUGGCAUUGACUUUGGUGCAGUCGACAUCGGAGAGAGACAGAUUGCGGUCCGCCGACUGGCUCGAAACAAUACGGGAAUCCAAACGAGGAAGUUCAAGUGGAAGCAAUUGAGAGAAGCAGCACUAGACCCACAGCUCUGGCUGCUGGGUAUCUACGCCUUCUCGUUCUCCUUCUGCAACAAUUCUGCGCUUCAGGCACUCGGUAGCUUUCUCGGAUUCCUGGUCUCCUCGUUUGGCUACAGUCAGAGACAGUCCCUACUCAUGUCGAUGCCUGUCUCAGCCAUCGCCCUCGUCAGCAUGGUUUCUUUCGGAGUCUUGGGCUCCAUCUUCCCCAGACGCCGAAUCCUGGUCGCUAUGUUGUUCUUACUGCCAGGAAUCGUCGGCUAUUCCCUGCUCUGGAAAGGCGACAGAGACAACAAGGCCAUGUUGCUUGGCGGACUCUACAUUGCCUCAACAUUCUUCGGUGCAUUGGUCCAGAUGUACGCACUUCUGUCGGGCAAUGUUGCGGGCCACACCAAGAAAUCUGCAGUCAACGCUACGGUCGUGAUGCUAUCCCAAUUAGGUGGAUAUGCUGGGCCUUUCGCUUAUCAUGGAGACGAGGCAUCUCGUGGGUAUCCCACGGGCCAGAUCUCAGCUUUGUGCCUGCUCUGUGUCAGCGAAGGGGCCUUUGCGGCGCUUUGGCUCAAUUACUAUCUCCGCAACAGAAGAAAGGCAGCAUUCCGCGAUGAACAUCAAGAGCUUAUCGGCGAUCCAAAGACAGCGUUCGUCGACCAGACUGAUCAAGAGAACCCAGUCUUUCACUUGCCGAUUCGAUCACAUCUACGAACACAAUAUUGUUGUUACCCCAGAGAUCACUUUGCGCAUCACCCUAGGCAUCAUUUGAGAAAUCACUUGGUUCCUCACUUCGAAGAUCACUAUAGAUUCACUCGGUGCCUCCCUCUAGGGAUCACUUGGGGCUUCACUCUGAAUAUCACUUGCGACCUCACUCCAGAUGUUACUCCACAAUUCGACAGUCACGGUAUUGCGAUGCUGCCAGCAGCUUCAGUUGCACAUGCUGCCGCUUGA